AUGGCUGUCGAGCUGCUCUUCGCUGAGAAUGCUCUCGCCAAAGCUUCGGUUGUGAGCGUGUUUCUACUCGGAGCGUUCCUGGGUUGUUCAACCAGCAGCACGGUGGCUGACAGUGCGGGCAGGAAAAAGGGGUUCCAGCUUUGCAGCGUUCCCAUCCUGAUUGGAUCCAUUCUCUGUGCCAUGGCAUCAUCUCUCUCGCUCGUCGUCACCGGCCGCUUCCUGCUGGGCUUUGGGCUAGGCAUGGCCAUCCCCAUCAUGGCUCUCUACAUUCCCGAGAUCUCCCCACCGCAGCAGAGGGGCACGUUUGGUGCCAUCCCCCAAGUCCUCACGUGCACCGGAAUCCUUGCCGCCCUGCUUGCUGCCGCUCUCCUGCCCGCCUCAUCGUGGCGCAUGUGCUUUUGGAUUGCUGCAGUGCCCGCAGCGCUGUUCUGCAUGGCGUGUGAAUUCCUGGUGGACAGCCCCCGGUGGCUGGCGCAGCAUGGCAAGUGGUCAGAAGCAGCAGCAGCAGUAACCCAGCUGCUGGGAGAGGCGAAGCUGGGAGAAACCAUGGACGAUCUGCAUCAUUCCUUUGGGGGAAGAGGCAGCAGGGGGCACGGUGUGGGGUGGGAGGGCGGGGCUAAGGGGGAAAAGAAGGAGGGGAAAGGAGAGCAGCAGCAUCCGGGGUAUGUAGUGCUGGAGAAGGGGAAGGGGGUGGCUGUGGCGGGGAAAGGGGACGAGGAAGGUCUGGUGAAGGAGUGGGGAGCGGUUGAGAAGGUGACUUGGCGAAGCCUCUUCUCCAAGCGAUACGUGCGGGUCGUCACCAUCGGAGCAACACUAUUUGCUCUACAGCAACUCAGCGGCAUCAAUGCCGUAUUCUUCUUUUCCUCGCACCUCUUCAAGUCGGCCGGCAUUCAGUCCGGCGCCAUGGCAAGCGUUGCCAUGGGCACUCUGAACCUAGUUGCAUCUCUGGUGUGUUCUGCUCUCAUCGACCGUGUUGGGAGGAAGGCGCUCAUCACAGGGAGCUUCAUUGGCAUGGGUCUGUGCAUGGCGGUCCAAGCAGCAGCGCAGGUGUUACCCUGGAUGGGCCCCAUGGCGCCGCUCAUCACUCUCACUGCCACCCUCGUCUACGUAGCCUGCUUCACCAUGGGAGCCGGACCUGUGCCGGGCCUGAUGCUGCCUGAGAUGCUGCCGAACCACAUCCGAGCCAAGGGCAUGGCCUUUGCCAUGUGUGUACACUGGGUCUUCAAUUUCAUGGUCGGAUUCUCCUUCCUCCCCCUCAUGGUCCGCUUCGGCCCAACCACCCUCUUCUCAUUCUUCGCUUGCGUAUGCUUCGCGGGUGCACUCUUCACCGCCACGUCUCUUGUCGAAACAGCGGGUCGCUCUUUAGAGGAGAUAGAGGAGCAGCUGCUGCCCCCAGCCUAG